CCCAGGAAAAAAAGAAAGCACUGAUACAUACUGGAAACAGUUGUUAAAUAAACCCUUCCGAAGAGUAAGAAUGAUCAUACUGUAUCAUGGUUCAAUUGACUGAGUCGCCCGUCGGUCGACCGGCCCCACGGGCCACAUCUUCUGUUUAUAAUAGAAAGAAAGCAAAGCACCCUAUAUGCAUCAUUCACCAUAAUCCCAAACACUCAAAUUACCUCACUCGCCUCCGCGGCUGGUGGAGGGAUCUCACGGUAUUUUGAGGGUGUCUGAUCCUACCAGAUAAUAUAACCCCCCCCCCCACUCAAACGACCGAACAAGCAAGCAAGCCCAAACAUUAUAUUCAAAUCUACUCCAAAUCCAAACAAUACACCUUACAAAAAAAAUGGAUAUCCCAGGACAUUGCCAGUGCGGACAACUCCAAUGGACUACUCGCAUCCCGGAUGGUUCAUUGCCGGACAAGACUAUCUGUCACUGUGUAUACUCGCCCCUCCUUCCCCCAGUUUCUUUUUUUUCUUUCUCUUUUCUUCACCAUCUAAGUUUAUAGUGGUGCAGCUAACCAUCUCACCAGAAAACCUGCAAGUCCUUCGGCGGCGGUGGCUACUCUGUCAACAUGGUGGUUCCAAGAGUAGUCCCCCCCCCCUUCCCUUCCUCCUCCUCCUCCUCCUCCUUCCCGCAACAUACUAACACUCCAAUCUAGGAACAAGUGCAAAUGACCAGGGGCACCCCAAAGACCUACACUUACAUCGGCCAGAGCGGAAAUCCCGUUGAUUGCGUACCACCUCCCCCCCUCCAAGGCAUUUCCCUGCUCCCAUGCCUUCUAAUAUAGCAAGUAGUAUUACUGUCCGAAUUGCACGACGCAUGCGUACCACCACCAAAAGGUCCUCGGUGACAGGCUCGUCAUGCGCCCGGUGCUCUGGGAAAACAAGACGGCGCAGGAGGGCCCCAUUGAAAGGGAGGUUUUCGCGAAGGAUCGGUGCCCGUUUCAACCGGUGAUUGCGAUGAAUGUUGAUGUUACGGACGCUUGAAGUACGCUUCGUGCGUGUGUGCAGUUGUUGGUUGGGUGGGGUGGGGAUAGGAACUGUAUCGUAUGAUAGGGUGUUAGUCUGCAGAAAGAAAGGCAUUUUGGCGGGGA